AUGGGUAGUCGAGAGCUCUGUAUUGAGGCGCUGAAUGCAGGGAUAGAGCCUCCGAGCUUUAAAGACCUUUUACUUCCUGUAUCAAACCCGGCUGCAAAUGCAAAAAAACGAAAUAAGAAAAAGAAGAGGCAAAAAGCGAAAAAGCAAGCCGAAGUUUCUGCUGCCCCGUCUGGAAUCUCUGAGGAUGAGGGACUUAGCAAAAUCGAGCAACUUUCUAUGCAUCCAUCCUUAGACAAGCUGAUGGCGGAAAAGGACAAAGAAUAUAUGGAAUAUAGAAGAAACAUGGAGAGUAACUUUACGGCUUCUCCCAACGGAUCUUCGCAUUACUAUCCAUCGCUGGAUGACAUGAAUGCAAUUUCCUCAACGGACUGGCAAUUUACGUUGGAGUCGAAUGCAGCCGCUGAACCUUCUGAUGAAUGUAUUAUCUCUUCUUCUCAUAUCGUCGAUGAGGCAGAAUUUCCUAUCCAUUUUCCAACUUUGGAGGAAGCUGCUUCGCCUUCCAACAUCUCCUCAAAUUCUGUACAUAAUAACCUAUCACCUUUUCCGCCGAUAGAACCAAUUAUGCCUCUUCCUACAACGACAUCUUCAAAAAAGAAGAAAAAGAAAAAGAAGAAAUCUAAGAAUGCAAAUCCCGCCAUGAAUGAACCCAUCGACCCACAGACGGACGUGCAAGAGGAAUGUGAUGGUAAUGCAGAUGAGCAUGCCUUUCCGUCUUUUCCAAACACUAAUAAUGGGAAACCUAAAGACAAGAUUUGGGCAGCCUCAAAUACUGAAGAACGCGAACAAAUCCGUGAAUUUUGGUUAUCUCUUAGCGAAAGUGAACGGAGAUCACUUGUCAAAGUAGAAAAGGAAGCUGUUUUACAAAAAAUGAAAGAGCAACAAAAAUAUUCCUGCUCUUGCUCUGUAUGUGGUAGAAAACGUCUUGCCAUUGAAGAAGAGUUAGAAGUUUUAUACGAUGCUUACUAUGAGGAGUUAGAACAAUAUGCAAAUAUUCAGCGUAAUCGUGCUUUGAUGCAACAGUCCAAAGCACUAGAUGAGAUCAAUACUCCCAUCGCAUCUGCGCCUAAUGUUGAAAUCACUGAAUAUAUUGAUGAAGAGGAGAUUGAAAAAGAUAUUGAUUUUCAAACAGAGUCGGAAACCCCUGAGGAAAGUCUAGGGGAAUAUGUUUCUCAUCAAGAUGAUACCUCUGUUCAAGAUGGUCAAGGGCUCUCUGUUGACAAAAAUAUUUCCGCUUUUACUGAGCAAUUGGAUUCAGUAGAUGUCGAUGCAAAUCAAGUGGAAAGUCUUCCUUAUACCCCUACGGAUCCUUCUCGACUUCACGAAAAAAAUAGUUAUCAUGCAGAUUUGUAUAAUUUCGGUAGCAGUCUUACCGUUAAGGGAGGUAUUUUGACUGUUGCUGAUGAUUUGUUGAAAAACGAUGGGAAAAAAUUCAUUGAAAUGAUGGAACAAUUGGCUGAACGUCGCAUGCAGCGCGAGGAUAAUAAUACUUUUCAUGAACCGGAAAUGUACGAUAGCGGUAUAGAGUACGAUGAAAAUGAAGAUGAAGAAGAUGAAGAUAUAGAUGAAGAAGAUGAAGAUGAGCUUGACUUGAUGACGGAUGAACAAAGGAUGGAAGAAGGUAGAAGAAUGUUUCAAAUUUUUGCUGCUAGGCUAUUUGAACAAAGAGUGUUACAAGCUUAUCGAGAAAAGGUUGCUCAACAGCGGCAAGCAAAGCUUCUCGAAGAAAUUGAAGAAGAAAAUAGACGGAAAAAAGAGCGAGAGCUUCGGAAGUUAAAAGAAAAGGAGAGGAAGAGGGAUAAAAAGAAACAGCAGAGACUUGCUAAAGAAGAGGAACGGCAGAAACGUGAAGCCGAACGAUUAGCAGAAGAGGCUGCUCAGAAGGCAGCUGAAGCCAAAAAAGCUGAAGAGGCUCGUAAACGAAAAGAGGAGCAGCGUAUUAAGAAGGAAGAAAAGAAACGGCAGCAGGAACUGGAACGUCAGAAAAAAGAGGAGAAGCGGAGAAUGGAACUAGAAGAACGGCAGAGACAAAAAGAGUUAGAAAAGAAACUGAAGAAACAGCAAGAAGAGGAACGAUUAAACGUUGUACGUGAACAGCAAUUACGUUUACAGAAAUUAGAAGAAAAGAAGCUACGGCAAAAAGAACUUGAAGAGGAAGAAAAGCGGCGAAGCGAAGAAGAACAGGAACGUUCAUCAAUAGCACAAGCGCAGGAGGCAGAUGAAGCGGAACGAAAAUUACGUGAAGCUAAAAUAGCCGCUUUUUUUGCACCUUCAAAAGAAGACACUAUGAACAUUGCUACUCAUUCUUCCUCACUUCCUCAGGCCUUACCAAAUACUUAUUUACGAACAGAGCCACAAUUCUCCCCUUCCCGUGCUUCAUCCGUUGCACCAAACUUACCUUCAAUACGGCCAAGAGAAAUUAAUACUCUUCCUUUCGGAACGCCUCAACCUAUUCCGACAUAUAAAAAUCCUUCUCAACUUCCUGAGAGAUUGGCACCUUCACCAAGUUUUAUAACCUCUCCCUCUUUUCCUUCCCCGCUUAAUAUACCUAAUAGCUCUCUUUGCUUAGAUAAUAACGGAAGAUCGAGGCAACUUAGUAGCGGUAACCCAAAUUUGCUGAAUUCUAACCGUAAUUCUAAUGGUCUAUAUUCUCCGGUCUCUCUUUUAACUAAUCACAGUUCUUUUGGUUUAGGCUCAAGCACUCGUAACUCGCUAGGCCAAACGGCUUCUCCUGUGCAUUAUUCUCGAUUUUCAAACUGUAUAUCUCCUUUAAGUAUAAAACCUUCUACGACUAAGACACCACCAUUGUUAUCAAGGUUGAACUUGCAAUCAAAUUCUCAGCAGGAUCCAUCGGAGUUGAACGAUAUAAUUGGAAACUCCGUACCUAACAUGAAUAUGGCUACUUCGAAAGAAACAUUAAUGGGUUCUUUUGGGACGGAAGCCUUGGGAUUGGGAUCUCCGACACCCAUGCGCAGUAGACCUGCACCUAUUCGACGACCGAGUCAAGGUAGUUCGCUGUUAAUGAAGAAGACGCUCAAGGAAGAAAGACUGGGUAGUCGUGCUUUGCUAGAUGAAAACUCGGAUACAGUUUUAUCUCAAAACACGUCGUUGGGUGCGUCCUAUGACGGAUUGAACAGGCGAGCAAGUCAUGGAUAUGCUAAGUCUUUGAAUUAUUCUAAUUGGAAUUCACCUAACAAUACCGCCUUCUACAAUCCGCUCUCCACAGGCCCAUGGAGUUCAGCGCUGGGCGCUUUUACUCCAAGUACUUUAACAUCUGAUGCUUCACGCAGACAACAAAGCGAUCAUGUAUCUUUGGCACAGGGGAAGUAG